AUGAUCGAGAUAGAGUCACAGGAUAUCAAAUUUAUUGAGAUAGAUUUUUCUAGCAUUGGUGACGUAAGUAGGGAUCUCGACCUCUUUGAGAUAGAGGACGAGGAAAGCGUCUCACCUAUUCUUGGCGAUGGUGGGGAAUUAACUCAUCUUGUAAUCACCAAAGAAAGUGAGACUGAUUGUCAGCCUAGUGGGAGUGUACCAACCAGUGGGAGUGAUGAGGAUGAGCCCGCUUCUUUACGAGAGGUGCUCUCCUCACCUGCUAAGGAUAAGUGGCAAGCUGCUAUGGAGGAUGAACUGAGUUCUAUAAGUAAGAACCAGGUAUGGAAGUUAGUUAACCUACCUCUUGGGCAUAAGACCAUUGGAAAUAAAUGGGUUUUAAAGGUCAAGCACAAGGAGGAUGGUUCAAUUGACAAGUAUAAGGCACGCCUUAUGGCGAAGGGCUAUACCCAAAAGGAGGGUGUAGACUAUGAUGAGACUUUCUCCCCAGCGGUGAGAAUUGCCUUAAUUCGCCUCAUUCUAGCCAUUGUCGUAAAAUUGAAUUUGGAGCUCUUUUAG